AGGGGGAAAAAUUCAUCACUUAUGGAAGAAGUUGACAACAUAAGAAAAUGGUAGCGGUAACGUGAAAUUGGUACUAGGGUUUUAAAAGGGGUCCACUCUGCAGUAGCGAAGAAUCUUCAACACGGAACAAGAAAUGGGAAAUUAGAGGAAAAGGGUUUGCAAUUAAAGAACAAAGUCGAUUCCUUGGAAGCAAAACAGAGCAAUAACAGAAUGGAGGGGGAACAAAGGGUUGCACAAGUCGAAGUGGCGAAGCAGAGAUGCAAGUGCGUCAUUGAUGCCAUUGACAAGUUACCUUGUUCCACCAACAUCACUCACUCGUGUAAACGAACCCUCCUGAAAUUGGCACGUGCCGAUCUCUCUUUCCUCUCUCGCCCCUCGUCUUCUUCUUCUUCUGGGCCCCUCAGUGUCAACAUUGGGCACCUUGAAACAGUUGUCCAUAUUCUCCAGCAGCCUUUCAUAACUGGAGUUUCUCGAGUUUGCAAGUCAAUCCCACUCUCACCUUCUGUUAGCAGUGAAGAAAGACGUGAUUCUUCUCUUAAACACAUUCAUGUUGAUGUGGUUUGUACCCUCAACAGGAAGCCUGUCUGGAUUAUAGUAUCUGAUAGAAAUCCAGAGUAUAUUUCUUGGGAUAGAAGCCGUAAAAGUAAGGGUUUAAAGCUACGGAUUCAAGAAGUACUUGCUGCUGCGCAGUCUAACUUAACAUUAAGACCUUCCUCAGUCAUUCUUUUCUUUGCCAAUGGGCUUGCAACCAACAUUUACAACAAACUUCGAGAUGAACUUGGGGCAUAUGAAAUCGAGUUGGAUUUCUCAGUUUUCAGUUCUGACGUGUUGGAAGAAACUGAAGGUGACUGGAUAAAUGUUAUUGCAAGAUCAUUCAGAAAUUCAUGUGUCCUUGAAAUUAACCCUGCUGUUGGCAAGGAUGUUGUUCCAAAUUCUGGGUGUAUUAUUCAAGGUUCGGCUGUAGACUCUUCCCAAAUAGAUCUUUCGGUAGGAAAAGCUGAAACUCAACCACAACAAUUGGAAGAAAAUGCCAGAACUGGGGACUACUCUCAUCUUGAGCUUUUCGUAGAUGAAGCCAAAACUCAACCACAGCCUAUAGAAGAGAAUGUUGGAAUAAACUUGGGUGAUACAUUCUGUUCCAUUCUUAUGGGAAUGAAACCAAUUUCAAUGGAGAUUAAAAAAUUUGAAUCCGCAAAACCUGGGAAUCUCUUAGGUGAGACCGACCUAGUAAAUUUUGAUACAACAGCUCUGAUAGCUCUUGUUUCAGGAAUUAGUAAUGGUGGAACAAAUAAACUUCUGGCCACUCCUGAGAGUGAAAUGAGGCAGCGGUUUAAGGGAAACUUCGAUUUUGUGAUUGGUCAAAUAAUGUCUGAAAUUCAAAACCCAAUCCAUUUGAAAUUUGGUAGAAUCCUACAUGGAAAGCAUGGCCUAAUUUGUGAGAGUGUUCUUUUGGAAUUUAAGGAGUUGGUAUCGAUGUGUGGAGGACCCAAUGAGAAACUGAGAGCUGCCAGGUUGAUAGAUUAUCUCAGGGUUGUUCCUGAUACUCCCUCAGAGCGCAUGAUGGGCCUCCCAACAACAAGAAAGCUGGCAUUGAAAAACAAAGUUGUCUUUGGCACUGGUGACCGUUGGCAUGCCCCUACUUUAACUGCAAAUAUGGCAUUUGUCAGAGCAGUUUCACAGACAGGGAUGUCCCUUUCUACUAUUGAACAUAGACCAAGGGCCUUAACUGGUGAUUAGUGGCAUAAAUUCCUGAAAACAAGUCUUGAGGCAUUCAUUCAGGCACCACUAAACCUGACAAUUUGGUGCCUGGUGGUUGUGCUGUUGGCAUUCCUCUUCUCUAUUUCAUUAUCUUGACCUUGGCUCAUUGUGGGAGGAGGGUUUGGAGAAGAUGGACAGAAAACCCAAUCAAAAAGUGUUGCAGCUUCUGUAUUUGGUAUUCUUGAUGGAAAUCACAAAUUGACCCAAGUGAUGACUCUGGAUUCACAUACAAGUGAAGGGAGAGAUUGAAUUUAAAAAUGUUAGUUUCAAGUACCUACCAGACCUGAUGUUCAAACAAGGUGUAUUGGCACUUAGAUUGGAAGGAUCCAGAGUGGUUGGUGAUUUGGCCACUCAAAAGAAAGAGAUUGUAGUACUUUGCUCAGCUGGAAGGACCCAAAAGCACCAGAUUUUGAGGAUUUGCAUUUCAUUAUGUCAGGAUUUUUUGUUUUUGAACUUUGUGAUAGUAGUUCUGGUUAAUUCGUAAUUUUGUAGGCUGAGUUUAAAUUAACUUGUUUUGAUGUUGUGGCCUUUUUGAGCAUUCUUUAUUGCUUAUGAGUUCAACAUCUGCAAUGUUCUGACUAUAGUAGAGUAGUUUUUGUGUGAAGAUAGAUAAAUACAUGUGUACAUAAAAAAAAACUACAUAAAAUAGUUGAUUUUGGGACA